GUGAAUAAUUCUAUAACGGGUGUCUAAAUCCGCGCAACUUGUUAGAAUCAUUCAAAUAUCUCUCACUCCAGUUCAUCCUCAAAAGGGGCAUCCUGCAGCGUCCUCAAUCAAUUCCACUCCUUUCUGCCCAUCUCAAAUUGCUCUCCGCCGCGAUCUCUGGCACUGCAUCCUCGUCCCUCAGCAGUCCACGAUCCUGAAAGUAUCAAACUUGACUUUGUCCAAAAUAGGAAUAUCCGCAUGGCAACCCGUAAUCCGGAAACUCUUCAUCUUGGAGCCCUUCUUGCUGACAGGGUUCUUCUUCCAGCUAUACCCGCGACCACCGCUGUGACCCAGGUUCUCGCCCUUGCAGCCGACAUCCGAAUAGAAGGAGAUCUGACAGCCAUACAUCUGGAUGGUGCAGAACUCGAAGUCGUGGACGCCCUUCUUUUGGAUGGUCGUGGAGAUUUCGUGGCAGCCGUUUUCGGCUGUUCGGCUGUAGAAGGUCUCGCUUUUGGGGAAAUCGCCGUUCGCAGUGACUUCGAGGACCCAGGCGUGGGAGAGGUGGAGGAGGGCUGCGAGGCCGAAGAUGGUUGCAAGCAGUUAUACAUUUUUGGAGACCUUCUUAGGCGCAACCGAUUCUCCCUAUCUCCAGUAAGGGCCGGACUUUCGUAUUUCGUUCUAUGAAUACAGCUGAUCGGCCGUACUCGGAAAUUACAAGUAGAGGUCAGAUUUUUAGGGUAGUGGCAAACCCUCCCUUCGUCGAUCACUUUCCGCACUGUCAACUUUGGUUCUUG